AUGCAAUCGUUCACCAGGAAACUUCAUGUCAGCUGUGCACUUUCGAAGGGUGUUGCAAAGUUCAUUGAUGCCUCGAAGAAGGUGCCGCAACUGCGUAGCACUCCCACAAUUUACAAUACAAAGAGUUCAGCAUCUAAUCCUAAAGGUUAUAUGAAAGCAAAAAUUCCAGCUGGCUUAUAUCUCGAUCCUGCACAAUCAUCCGCUACAGGAUCGAUAAAUAGUGAAACUUAUCCAGCAUCUUUUUUGCCAAAAGAUGAUGCCGGUAAGAGUCUCACUGAGCAAUUGAGAACGGAAGACAGAUUAAAAGGCGAUUAUGCUCCACCAGUUUUAAACAGCAAAAGCACGAUCAAUGGAAAGACGUAUCAUUUGAAGCCUUCUGACAUUGAACAACUACAGAAAUUGAGAAGCGAGGAUCCAGAGAAGUACACAAGAAAAGCAUUGGCUAAACAAUUCAACGUUUCUCCUCUGUUCGUUUCGAUAGUUUCCAACGCUUCCAAAGAAAGAAAACUCGAGAUGGCUUCCAGAUUGAACCAUAUACAAUCCAAUUGGCAUGAAAAGAGAGCCGCGGCCAGAAGUGACAGGAAGAAGCGCAAAGAGUACUGGUAUAGGGCAUAG